GACUUAUUGUUCAUACCUUCCACCCAUAUCUCCAUACUUGACAUCUCAAAACUAAACUUCCCUCUCCUCAAUCUAACAUGCAACAUGCAACCCUCCUUGACUUGACCAUCCCCUUCUAAUUCACACAUAUUGGGGCACGACACUUCUCACUCGCCACCUCAUUAAGUGUCAUUUCUGUUCGGCUUUCAUAUUCGGUCACUAAUGAUUCUAUUAAUUCAGUAAUUGGUGAUAUUCGAGGUUGCGUCGUGGUGGUUGAGGUGCGAUACAUACCAGGACACCGGAUCGGCAAUACUGUUUUUACCUAAUUUGUCCGUUGGUCAAAGUAGUAUCUCCUGGUCGUAUAUUCUAACCAGGUGCCAUAUUUAUCUCACUUCUUAGUCCCAUAUCGCGGUUUUCCGCUGCAUCUACACGGUACCGACACCCCACACGAUUCGAACGACGAUAUUUGCUCCAACAGCAUUUCGCCUCUUUCGACGCCAGCUGCCUCCUGCUAUCUUCGGGGUUGGCUCCAUCACGACCCCGGUAGGACAUUCAUGCGAUGCACGUACAGCUUACCUUCCUUGUGACAGCCUCACACUUUGCACCACUUCGCGGUGGUCGGCAUACGUAGCCUACUAUUACUUACUUUGGGACUGCUGGAGAGGAUCAUUUAAGCCGCCUUCCAGCGUCAUUGUACGUCGUGAAUCAUGGUUUCCACCCCCUCCGUCAGCCAUAAUGGCGGCGUUGGAGGUGUCAGUAGUACCAAUGCUAGCGCAAGAGCUUCCCCGGCUGUUGGCGCCGCCAAUUCUGCGGGCCAUACCUCUUCAUCCAAUGGCGCGAAAUCCAAGACGCAGGUCAACUCGAACGGCUACCACCCAACGAACCCUCCAGUCCCUCUCAGCUCGAUGCGUAGUGCCCCGCUAGACCUUACUUCAGUUGAGAGAAGGGGCCAGCCCACAGCCAGCCGAGAGUCGUCUAAGCAAAAUAGGUUGUUCGGGCUUGAAGAAGCACCAACCUACCGACCUACCGAAAACGAAUGGAAAGACCCGCUUGAGUACGUUCGCAAGAUUACGCCUGAGGCCCGCAAGUACGGUAUUUGCAAGGUCAUCCCUCCAGACUCAUGGAAUCCCGAUUUCGCGAUUGAUACCGAGAAAUUCCACUUUAGAACACGAAAGCAAGAGUUAAACUCAGUCGACGGCCGCACACGAGCAAACCUGACCUAUCUAGAUGCCCUAGCUAAAUACCAUAAGCAGCAAGGAACCAACCUAAAUCGAUUACCAUACGUGGACAAGAAGCCCCUCGACCUAUACAAGCUUAAGAAGGCGGUUGAAUCUCGUGGGGGGUUUGAAAAAGUUUGCAAGACAAAGAAAUGGGCGGAAAUCGGCAGAGAUUUGGGCUACAGCGGGAAGAUCAUGUCGUCAUUAUCGACAUCCCUUAAAAACUCGUAUGAUCGAUGGCUUACUCCGUACGAGAACUACUUGCGCCAAGCAAAACCUGGAGUCUAUCAGCAGUUAGAGUACGAAUACGGCGGGCCAUUAACUCCUAGUCCGGCACCUAGUCCGAUAAAGAGGUCGACUGUAAACACUCCGUCCAGUUUACGAGCAGAGUCUCCUGCUCGACAUGCAAGCGACAUUCUUCAGCAGAGUUUGAAUGUCCCGAAGCAAGAAAAUGACCGUGAUACUAUCAUGGCGGAUGCGCCGGUGGCUACUUCGCACCCUUCAUCCGGCGGGUUUACUGCCAUCAACUCAGGUGGUUUCACUGCGGUCAAUAGCGGGUUUACAAGUGUUAACCGACCUACUCCAACGGAUCCUAAAGGCUUUACGCCGCCUCCGAAGCGCCAUGGAAGCCCGCAUCCAUCCGGUAAAAAUACUCCAGAUUUUCGACCAUCCGGACUAGGCCCUGGCACAGCCCUAAAGCGUCAACUCAGCUCCGACAGCUUAGAUUCGGCUAAAAAGGACAACGGUACUGAUAAAGACGAUUCGGAAAGUGGUAGUAGGAGGAGUAAAAGGCUCAAGAAAGAAACCGUCCCUACAGUAGCUGGGUCGCAUAUGUCAGUCUUCCGACCUUCAGCUCCGAGAAUACCAAUACCCCGAGAUGAAUCGUCGAAUCCGAGCGAGAAAUGCGAAGUAUGCGGUAAAGGUGACGAGAUUGGCCCUAUAGCUCUGUGCGAGUCCUGCGACCAUGGAUACCAUGGUGCUUGUUUAGACCCUCCUAUCAAGCAUAAACCUGAUACCGAGUGGAAUUGCCAUCGAUGCCUUGUUGGUGAUGGUCAGUUCGGCUUCGAAGAAGGUGGGCUAUAUUCCCUCAAGCAGUUCCAGGAGAAGGCCGCAGACUUCAAACAGGCAUACUUUGAGAACCGUAUGCCUUACGACCCGGUACUUAAAUGUCCAAGACCAGUCACAGAAGAUGACGUGGAAAAGGAAUUUUGGAGGCUUGUCACCAGUACUGAGGAAACAGUCGAGGUUGAAUACGGCGCGGACAUUCAUUGCACGACUCACGGUUCCGGCUUCCCUACAGCAGAGCGUAACCCGUGCGACCCCUAUUCCACCGAUCCUUGGAAUUUGACUGUAAUGCCUUUGAACCCAGAGAGUCUUUUCCGCCACAUCAAAUCCGAUAUCUCAGGUAUGACUGUUCCAUGGGUAUACGUUGGCAUGAUAUUCUCGACAUUUUGUUGGCAUAAUGAGGACCACUUUGCCUAUUCGAUUAAUUACCAACACUUCGGAGCAACCAAAACGUGGUACGGCAUUCCAGCCGAGGACACCGAAAAGUUUGAGAACGCUAUGAAAGAAGCAGUACCGGAGCUUUUCGAAACCCAGCCGGACCUCUUGUUCCAGCUUGUCACGCUUCUUACUCCCGAGCAGCUUCAGAAGGCGGGUGUCCGUGUUUAUGCUCUUGACCAGCGAGCUGGUCAGCUUGUACUGACAUUUCCUCAAGCCUACCAUGCUGGUUUCAACCAUGGUUUCAAUUUUAACGAGGCUGUCAAUUUUGCGCCAUCUGAUUGGGAACCAUAUGGCCUUGCCGGUGUGGAACGGUUACAGCAGUUCCGGAGACAGCCUUGUUUCUCGCACGAUGAGCUUCUAUGGACAGCAGCAGAGGGAACCAGUUCAGGAUUAACGAUUCAGACUGCGAGGUGGCUCGCACCGGCACUCCAGAGGAUCCACAAGCGGGAGCUUGAGCAGCGAAAGGAAUUCAUUGCAAAGCACCAAGAAGAUGCUCACCGAUCUUGUUCAUUGAACGAGGAGUCUGAUGGGCAUUGUUCUCUCGCAUUCGAAGUGUCCGCUGAAGACGUUCCGGAGGAAGAGUACCAAUGCGCUUAUUGCAAAUGCUAUGCUUACCUGUCAAGAUUUAAGUGUCUCCAAUCCGGCAAAGUCCUGUGUAUUCAACAUGCCGGCCAACACUCCUGUUGCGAUGCCCCCGAACCCGAGCGUUACGCAGGCGACCACCAUAAGUUAUAUUAUCGGAAGACUAACGAGGAACUGAAUGAGAUGUAUCAAAAGGUGGCAGAUAAGGCUAAUUUGCCUGAAGCGUGGGAAGAAAAGUACGAGAAGCUUCUCGACGAGGGAGGAAAGCCGGCGCUUAAAACGCUGCGAAACCUUCUUAGUGAGGGUGAACGAAUACCGUACGACCUCCCCUCCUUGCCAUCGCUCAGGGAAUUCGUUGAUCGUUGUAACGAAUGGGUCGAAGAGGCGACUAAUUAUACGGUGCGAAAACAGCAGAACCGCCGUAAAAAUGAUAAAGUCUGGCAGAGCGGAUUACGAAAGUCCAUCGGCAGCUCUUCCCAGGAACAGAAAGAACGCGAACUCCGUCGAGUCGACAAUAUCUACCGCUUGAUCGACGACGCGGAGCGCAUCGGCUUCGACUGUCCCGAGAUUCAACAGUUGCAAGAACGUGCCAAUGCUAUCAGAAGUUUCCAAAAGAAUGCCGAACAGUUCUUAGAGCGUGGUUGUGGUCAAGAAUCUAUCGAGGAGCUGAUAGAAGAAGGCCGUGCAUUUAAUGUGGAUAUGCCGGAACUCGACAAGCUGUCUGAGAUUCUGGAACAAACCAAAUGGAAUGCCAAGGCGAAAUCCAACAGAGGGGUUAUACUAACACUUAAAGAUGUUAGAGAACUCCUCGAAGAAGGCACUCGAUUAGAGAUUCCCCCGUAUAAUGAUAAUAUGAGGUACUUCAGCGAUAAAUACCAGGCAGGUAUGCAGUGGGAGACCAAAGCAAAGGAGCUUAUAAAUGCAGAGGUGGUUCAUUAUCCACAGCUGGAGGCGCUUUCGAAUCAAGUUCAAGUCAACAACCUCCCUGUGACAACGGAGACUUUGGCUGCUGUUGAUCAGAUCCUACACAAGCAGCGAGAAGCUCAUCGUCAGAUUAUUGAUCUGACGGAGCGGUCUAAGAAUCCCGACUGCAAGAAAAGACCUAAGUAUGCGGAGGUGGUUGAAAUUAUGAAGAAGCUAGAAGAUCUCAACUCGAAACCAACCGGAACUUUAGAUCUCGAAAAGGAACAGAGACGUCAUGAGGAUUGGAUGCGAAAGGGAAAGAAGCUUUUUGGCAAGACCAACGCGCCGUUACAUAUACUCAAAUCCCACAUGGACUAUGUGCUAGAACGCAAUUUGGCUUGCUUCGACAUCCGCAAUGACACUCCUCGGUUACCAGCCGAACCUGCUUCCAGAGCAGCCAGCGAAGAGAGAGGCGAGGGUAAGAUCCAACGGACUUCAUGGGACAUCAAUGAUCCCGCUCUAGUGGAAGUGUUUUGCAUCUGCCGUCGCAUCGAAGCUGGUAUGAUGAUCGAAUGUGAGCUGUGCCACGAAUGGUACCACGGGAAGUGUCUCAAAAUUGCUAGAGGGAAAGUUAAAGAGGACGAUAAGUACACCUGUCCUAUCUGCGAUUGGCGAGUGAAAAUUCCCCGGGAUGCUGCGCGACCGAAGCUAGAGGAUCUUAUUGCCUGGCAGGAGGAGAUUCCCAACCUACCUUUUCAGCCUGAAGAAGAAGAGGUGCUGAAAAAGAUAAUCGACAACGCACAGAAGUUCCGGGACCACAUCGCAGCUUUCUGCAAUCCCGUCCUAACGACUGCAGCUGAAGCCGGUACCCAGAGAUUCUAUUUGCGGAAAAUCGAAGGUGCUGAGAUCCUCCUAUCCUUCGAAACCAACUUCUUUCGACAAGAACUACAUAAAUGGAACCCGGUAGCACCCGACCCACCCCCCGUACUAGAUGUUUCCAAGAGCACUCGUAAGCCACGGCCUACCAAAUUACAGAAAAUGCUAGCGCAAUAUGGGGUAGACGACCCCGAUGAUCUUCCGGAAAAUAUGAAGAGCAAGGCAAACAGCUUAAAGCGAAAGGCAAUGAACGCUGAGGCUGCUGCCAAGGCCGCAGCAUCUUCAAGCAACAGUAUUGUCCCUCCGAACGCGACUAGUCCAUCCUCCCACCCUUUUGGUUCUGGCAACCACAUGUACUAUUCUCGGGGUUCACAGCCGUCUACUCCAGCACUUAGUAGUACACCCCACACGCAUCCGCCACAACGAUCCAAUUCAGUAUCUUCCAGCCGGCCGGGAUCGUCACUCCGGCCUGAUAGCAUGGACAUGAAUAAUACUGCGGGUUUACACCCAGAUUUCUUCCUAUCCGCCAGCAGUGGCUCAGGUCCUCAGCUAAUCGGACCGGAUUCAACCUUAACAUUAGAGGAACGUCUACAGCGUGGGCAAGACGAUGGCUUGAAUCUGAACACAGAUGCUGGCAAGGGUAAGGCCCUUGAAUAUCUACGCCGCACUGAAACUGGGCGUAAGCGGGCCGAAGAAAUUUUUGGGCCGGGCGUAUGGAGUCACAACGGUGAUGAUACAUUCACCAGUAGACAAAACAUCGGUCACGGUCAAGAGGAUGACAGGGAUGUGGAUAAGAUGUUCUUAGACCUUACUAAUGCGGAUGACGACGAGGAAACUAAGAAGGAGAGGCAAAGAGAACGGGAACGAUUAAGUGUCACGGCUGACAGUUUCGAAGCGGAGCGAAACGCGAUGGAUAUGGAAGACUCUGACUAAACCCAGCCAGACUCUACAAAAUUUCGGUAUCACGAAUAGUUCAUAAGUUACUUGGGUAUGGUGUGCAUGCCUCUGGUAUCAAAUACAGGCGUCUACUAACAGGAGGUACUUUCAAAUCUGCCAUACUGGCCAUAAAAUUCACCAACGGCGUAUCGGAAAGCAUUUCUUCGUGCUAUAUUCGUUCUUAGCAUACGAGGGGAGCCUGUGCGUCAUCAGAUAUAGAGGCGUUGUUGCGGUUUGAGUCGCAGACGAAGAUUUUCCUUUCCUCGUGUACUCUUAGAGGAUUUUAGGGAUUUAAAAGCCCGACUUCACACACUAUUGCAUUAGAUAGGCGUUGCGUUCUAGGUUGUGGUUCGGUAUACCUCUGGCACUCAGUCUCGACGGAAUGGAGUUGGGGAGGAGGGCCGAUACCUUGUUUUAGGUAGUUAGGCAUAUAUCUAUUUGUUGAAGUUAUUUUUCUACAUUA